UUGCGCACACGUUGGUGUAAUAAGACGAAAAACCAGAGAGAAGAGUAUAAAGUUGAGGUAGAGGGAGUUUUGCGGUUGAGUCCGGGCGGCCAUUGCAAGUAAUCUCUCGUCGUACGUUCUGAGCCGCGUAAGCACCGAACUAAAGUUAUAUUAAAAUAUCCAAGUGUCAGAGAUAUCAAGAGCUUUUAAAUAAACUCAAAUAAAGGGCCAUUUUAGUCGCGAGGUGCACCCUGUGAAGCCCGGGACGCGCAACAAAACCCGGCCCGAUGGCUGAGACAGAUAAAUUAAACAUUGACAACAUCAUCGCUCGACUCUUGGAAGUACGAGGAUCAAGACCGGGGAAAAAUGUCCAGCUGACAGAGGGUGAAAUCCGCGGGCUGUGUCUCAAGUCACGUGAAAUAUUUCUAUCUCAGCCGAUAUUACUUGAGCUAGAGGCACCGUUGAAAAUAUGCGGUGACAUUCAUGGGCAGUACUACGACUUACUACGGCUCUUUGAAUACGGUGGAUUUCCGCCUGAGAGUAACUACCUCUUCCUGGGUGACUACGUCGACAGGGGGAAACAGUCGUUAGAAACUAUUUGCCUGCUUCUUGCAUACAAGAUCAAGUAUCCAGAGAACUUUUUCCUGCUACGAGGUAAUCACGAGUGUGCCUCUAUCAACAGGAUAUACGGAUUUUAUGAUGAAUGCAAACGUCGUUACAAUAUUAAACUUUGGAAGACAUUUACGGACUGCUUCAACUGUCUACCCGUGGCAGCGAUCGUCGACGAGAAAAUAUUCUGCUGUCACGGUGGGCUCAGUCCGGAUCUACAGAAUAUGGAGCAAAUAAGACGUAUUAUGCGGCCGACUGAUGUUCCUGAUCAAGGAUUACUCUGUGAUCUUCUUUGGUCUGAUCCAGACAAGGACACUAUGGGCUGGGGUGAAAACGACCGUGGAGUAUCGUUCACAUUUGGCGCCGAGGUCGUUGCCAAAUUUUUACACAAGCACGACUUUGACCUCAUAUGCCGUGCGCAUCAGGUCGUCGAAGAUGGCUACGAAUUCUUCGCAAAGCGACAACUGGUUACGUUAUUCUCAGCGCCGAAUUACUGCGGUGAAUUUGACAACGCGGGUGCCAUGAUGUCAGUCGAUGACACACUCAUGUGCAGUUUUCAAAUAUUAAAGCCAGCAGACAAAAGGAAAUUUACGUACGGCGGCCUCAACUCUGGUCGACCGGUUACGCCGCCAAGAGGACCCAAUAAUAAAAACAAAAAGAAGUGAAUGAGAUUCCCGGGAGCGUAAUUUAUUGACGCGGAGUUUUUAGAAUCUUAAGACCUCUCUUAUUACAAACCCAGUAAACAACACCAUCAUUCACUUCCCACCUACUCCCGUCCCUAUUGUCAUUGAUCAAAACAACAAUAAUAUUAAUAUUAAUAAACUUAUGUCUAUCACGGGUAUUUGGAAAAUGGUAGUCAACUCCAAUUAAACCAUUGUUGAUUUGCAUCGAUAAUAGCCUCGUGAGGACGAACUACGUCGGGUACAGGAAGAUCGAAACCAUGAGGAUGUUCAUAUACCGGAACAUUCGAUGACGAAUGACUUACUGAUGAAAUACUAAUAGACUGAUUAUAACUGGCAAGAAAAUUUUGGUAACGUUAAUAAAUGAUAGAGCCAUUUUCGUUGAACUAAAUUCCGGAAUAUAUAAAAUUUAAUUUUACGAAACUAACAGCAAGAAGUUUCAACCGUGAAUGCAAAUUGUUGACAAGAAUUAAAAAUUUUCAUUCACGGUUGAAUCUUUUAGUUCAACGAACAUGGCUCAAUCAUUUAUUAACGUCAUCAAAAUUUUCCUGCCAAUAAUAAUCAGUGGCAAUGUGCACAUAUCAGCUUGUUAGUCCAUUAGUAUUUCAUCAGUAAGUCAUUCGUCAUCGAAUGUUCCGGUAUGUGAACAUCCUCAUGGUUUCAAUCUUCCUGUAUCCGACGUAGUUCGUCUUCACGAGGCUAUUAUCAAUGCAAAUCAACAAUAGUUUAAUUGGAGUUGACUACCAUUUUCCUAAUUCCCUGAUACACUUAAGUUUAUAACAUUUAUAUGGAAGUGACUCUAACAUGAAUUAAUAUUAAUAAUAAUAAUAAUAAUAAUAACAACAACGCAACACAUUACUGAUUCAACAACGGAAGCACCUCGCGACUCCGGCCCUUGUUCACUGUGACACUCAAAGAUCCAUUGUCAUUAAUCAACUCUUCGAAUAUUAAUAUUGAUAAUAAUAAUAAUUAAAUAUAUAAAAAUGAAAAAUAAAAAAAAAAAGAAUAAAUAAACAAAUGAUCGAGCAAUGAUUUUCAUAAUAAUGAAGACGAGAAUCCCAAUCCCCGGAGCUUGCGCCGUCGCGAAUUCUCUUUACAAAAAACCUGAUUAUUUAAUUUACCAGCAAAGUUCUAAGUAAUUAUCUGGACUUUUGAAUGCUAAUUCGAAGUUUAUAUUUUAACAAAUAAAUUAAGAUUUAAUUAUUUUUCGGUAUUGUGUGGUAGUAUGUUUAAUUGUUAAUCUUAAUCAGUAUAAAUAUUACGAUAAUUUUUUUUUUUUUAUAACUUAAUUAUUCAAUAAGGAAUUACUCGUGUGAAUAUAAUGAGAGGUAAUAAGAAUUGAUGUUAUUUAAAAAAAAAAAAUAAUUACAUUCAAAAAUAAUAAUUACAUAAAUUUGUAUUUGUCGCUUUGUCUUAAUCAUUGAAUUAGUUGUCGUUGGUCGUAAUUGAGUCUUACUAUUGUUAAUUGUUUUUGUCUGUUUAAUUCACUAGCGUUUUAUUAUUUUUAUAAUUAUUAAUAACUUGAUAAAUUAUAUUUAUUUAUUCAUCAAGUUAUGAGUAAUGCGAUACUAAAAUUUAUUGAAUAUAAAUUUAAAUUAAUUUAAUAAAUAAUUAUAAUAAUUGUAUCUGUUUAUUUUUAAUGGCGUAGUAAUGUUUUGCCAAAGUACAAAAAUUAUAAUGAGAACGUGAGUUACGUCAUGUGAUUUUGACCUCGCUUAGAGUCUUAUGUUCACCCACGCACUUAAAUAUAUAUUAAACCCAAUGGCCCCCAUGUAUUAUCAGCCAUUUUGACUACGCACGCCCAGUUUAUUUUUUGUCUAUUAAUAUUUUUUUCUUUUCGCUUAAUUUACAUCCACACACUCGAUUAAUAAAUUAAGCCUUCUUUGAAGUUUACAAUAAAAAAUUGAAAAAAAAAUAAAUUUAAAUACUUGGAACGAAUUUUAAUAAAAUGAGAGAGACUAAAAAUGAAGAAAGAGAUUUCUUGAUCCAAUAUGCGAUAUAAACUUGGCACGCAAUGUCUUUUUUUUAAUUCUCGCAAACAAAUAAUUCCAUCCAUGCACUGAUGAGUAAAUUGUCAUGACAAGAGAAUGCAAGCAAGAGAGAGGCUGUGUAUAAAAAAAAUAUGUACGUGUGAAAUUGCUAAGUUUAAAUCCUCGUUAAAGAAGGGAGAGACAAAAAAAAAUUAAUUAAUUAUUUAUCAAAAUAAUGAUUUUAGCUCCGAGUUUAUCGAAUUGCUUAAAGAUGUUGAUGACUUGCAAAAUGUCUCCGGUCUCGUCUUCCAAUCAUUGUCAAUCUUUUUGUUUUUCUUUUAACUUUUUUUUACACAUCAUCAUCAAUAUCAUUAAACUUAAAUUACAAAAUAAAUUAACAUUACACUAAUAAAGCGAAUCAGCAGAAUCGUAAGAAAAAAAACAAACAGCGAAUGAGAGUGAGAAUGAAAAAUAAAUCUAACAAAGGUCAACUUUCAUCUCGACAAAUGUAUAUCGAGAUAUUUGUAUUUAUUAAGUAUCAUUCAUUAUUAUAUCUCUUUAUUUUUUCAUUAUAUAUAAAUAUAUAUGCAUAAUUAUAUAUCUAUAUAUGUUUUUUUUGUUUUUUGUCGCGUCAUCGAAUGUCAUUGUCAUCAAAUCAUUAGCGAUUUUUUUCUUCAUUGUAAUUUUUUGAUUAUAAAUUAUAAAUAAAUUGUAACGCAUCAACACAAAUAGACUCGAUGACAUUGUUGUAAAAACUUAAAUGCACAACAGAAUUAACAUACAUUUGAAAUGGACAUGGAGAUGCCAUCUAAAAUUUAUUCAUAAAACAUAAAACAAAAAAUGCACUAUUAUAUCAAGAAUUCAUAAUUAUUCACUUGCGCGCCCCGCCUACAUCCUCCUAAUUACUCUCCUUCACUUAUUCUCCCUCAUAUAUGUACAUUAAAUGAAAAAAAAUUUUUUUUUU